UCUGUUCUGUGGCCUCUCUGUUCCACCUCUGGGUUCGACGCCAUUACUGUUUAGGGAUGAAGAACACUACCAACAACACAAAGCUGCUCAUCCUCCACCCUUCGCUCCACAAGCAAGCAGGCUCUCACCGUGUAUGGAUUCUCGCUUUCGUUACUUUCUUCACAUUCGCAUUCCUUCUAACCCUGAUCAACACUAGGGAUUCCAUCUCCUCCUCCUCCUCCUCCCCUGUAGCUGGCACUAAUGUCCAAAGCAGGCUACCCACAACAAUCGCAGACGCCCUCCUCCACUAUGCUACGAACUCGAACACCACCGGAAAAAUGACCGCUUCGGAACUCAAAUCCAUCGCCGAAGCACUCCACAACUGCCCUUCCACUCCCUGCAAUUUCUUAGUAUUCGGUCUAACCCAUGAGUUCCAGCUCUGGAAAGCCCUAAAUCACAAUGGCCGCACAGUGUUCCUCGAUGAGAAUGAAUACUACAUCGCUUAUUUCGAAGAAAAGCACCCUGACAUGGAAGCGUACGAUGUAUCGUAUACAACCCAGGUGAGCCAGAUGACGGAACUCAUCAACUCUGCAAGAGAACAGCUUCGGAACGAGUGCAGACCUGUUCAGAAUCUACUCUUCUCCGACUGCAAACUUGGGAUUAACGAUCUCCCCAACCACUUAUACGAUGUGGCUUGGGAUGUCAUCUUAGUGGAUGGGCCAAGAGGGUAUUAUCCGUCGGCGCCGGGGAGAAUGUCGGCGAUCUUCACCGCCGGUGUUCUGGCGAGAAGCAAGAAAGGUGGAGAUGCCAAAACAGAUGUUUUCGUUCAUGAUUUCCAAAGAGAAGUAGAGAGGGUUUGCAGUGAAGAGUUUCUCUGUAAGGAGAACCUGGUGGAGUCAAAAGACCUGCUCGCCCAUUUCGUGGUCGAACGAAUGGACGGUGGCGCCGCUUCGGAAUUCUGUCGUAACCGUACAUCAUCAUGA